UCACACCCGCUGUCGCUCUCACUCUCAUUGUGUGCAGCUCUCUCGGGGAGCAGGAGCAGAAGCAGCUGCCGGAGCUCAUAUAAGACGCUGAAUAUGGUUACAAAUUUGGACAGUCUUUGCCUGCAGCUCGACGCGAAUACAAUAAACCAGAGCUAGCCAUGGGUGUCAUAUACAAAAUACUAAAACAACAGCGUCAUCAGCAUAUGGACAUUAAUACGGCGACCAAGUGCAAGGUGCAAGCGGCCAUCAGGCAGCGCCAAUUGCAACGCCUUGAGGAACAGCAACAGGAGCAACAUGAGCACGAUGAUGCAAUUGCCGAGCAACAACUGCAGCAACUCUGCCGUUUUCUCGCCGAGAAUGCAGCUAGCAAAAAGCAUCGACAACAGCGCCUCAACAUCAAGCAACAAUACACUAUGGAGCAGCCACUCAGCGAAUUACACUCAGUGGCAACUUGCGACACUCACGACAUGGAUCUGCUCAUGGAGCAUCUGAGCACAUGCACUGAGUCCAUAGGUCCAGAGGCAAUCAAAUCGACAGUAACAUCAACAUCAACAUCAACAUCGACACCGACAUCGACAACGACAGCGGUUGCCUCAGGUGCACCAAGGGACAGCAUCUUGCUAAAGAUCCGUCAUCAGAUAUUUGAGCGUAAGCGCCAGAGGCAGCGCCAACUGGCGGAGCUGAUGAAGCAGCGUUUGGUAGUCUGGCGACCAUGGUAGCCACCCAUAGUCGGCAACUGGGACUAGCCGUUAGCUGUUCGUUGUUAAUUGUAAGCAAUGCUCCUUGUAUAUUCCUUUGCCGUGUGAUGUUCACGUAGUUCUUCCAUUCUCCUAUCUA